UGUUCUACCGCACCUCUUUUGGAAGACUGCCCACCGCUAUUCGAGCAGUGACUGAAAGUCUUUUCGCCGCACCUCCAAAACAAAUACACCACUUCACUUCGAACGGGCGGUUCAAUCAAAAAAGAUCAAACCAAAUCCUUCUCAGAGUAUCAAUGGCUUGACUCGUCAUUGUCAUCAAAACAUGUCUGCUCGGAGAGAGCCUUUUGAAUCUCCUGACAGCGCCAUCUUCCCUCGGCCUUUGAGGCCAACGGGUCUUCGCACCAGGGAAAGAACUCCUCAAAGUCAUUCUCAUACUGAUCAGCCUAAGCUCAACCCUGACUCUGUCAUUUCCUCGAACUCGACACGAAAUACAGCCAGUCCAAUUACACCCAUGAUUGUACCAUUGUUUGAAUCACCAAACGCUGCAGAUCGUAAGGAGAAGAGACGAGGUUGGGUUGGCGGUUCCUCAAAGCGUUUGAGGUUUUCAAAACUGAGAGAGAAGCCGAGCUUCUCGAGGGAGCGCAAGAAGAUGGAGCUCAAUACAGACGCCGUUCCACAGGGCACCCCUCGAAAACUCAUUAUUCGAUCACGAUUUGCCGCAGAUGGUGGAGAGGUCAGACUCCCACCUCAGAAACACGAUCCUAUCGACCGUUCCAGCCCUAGUACUAGCCCGAAGGAUAAGCCAUUGCCCAGCCUUCCCAUAGCGACGGUCAAGGUCAAAUCUCCUGUUCGAAGAUCUCUCAUCGACUGUCAAGAACGUCCGCUUCGACGCUCAGUGUCGCCGCCAGACGGAGGUCCCGUAAAAGAAGAAGAAUGGCCGACAAUCGAACCCUCAAAACAUGAUGAGAUGCCCGUGUUUGAGCAUUCGCAAUCGCCAGUCAAGCCUAGCCUGGGUGAAAGCUUCAUCGAAGGCAUGCGAGGACUGCACCUGGACGACAAGGAGAAGGGAAACGUGGAGCCAGAUAAAAAGAAUCAUGUCGAUGAGUUUGAGUCUACGACGAGCUAUGAAAAGGCUGCGCCCAGUGUCCCUGGCAGUGAGGCACAGUCUGUGUCGGUCGUCACUUCUACUCGUCCCUUAUCCUCGAGCCAACUUCCAAAGCCACGCGAUUCAAUGCUUCAGUCCCUUGCUCGCUAUAACGACGUUCCUGUCAUACGGCAAACAAAGACGUCAAGAUUGCGUCUGCGUCCCUCCGUAGGCCAGAGAACAUGGGACUCCGGCGAAAAGAAGCCCGACGACUACAAUCAAUUGGGCUCCAUUCGUGAAAGCUUACCAUCACCCCCUGUGCGGAAGUUCAGUCACACCACAGCAGGUGGUCCCGUACGUUCGAAUUCUCGUGGCCGCCUUGGAGUGACGCCUCGUGGGUCACCGUACACUAUUCCGUCCCCAUUGAUCAGACGGCGAGACACUGCUCAACUCAACCACGAUUCAGAGAGGCACCCCGGACGUGAUUCAACGCACAAGACCGGAGACGCCAAUAGACUACCCGUUCCCCAUGCAUACAGAUAUCAGGGUGACGUGUGCAGAAAGACAUUCCGUGAAAGUUCACUUCCGGUACCAAGCCACAUGCUUCAUCCAGAGUCAGAAUCGGACGACUUGAUGGUGGCCUUGAGCCAGCAAGAUGUACCACAUCUGCCGGUUGAUAUCAUCGACAACAGCGACAAGAGUGAAAAUGCGGACGAAGCUCGAAGACCUACUCCACUGGGUGCAGGUGACGCAAAUGGCAACGACGAGGGCAUGCAACACGUGCACACUGCACAUGAGCAUUACCUCGAUGUUCAAGAAGUGCUAUCCACGCCUGCUCCGACCGAUGAUGAGUCAAUCAUCGGAAGCGACGACUCAGGGCUCACAGUGCACGGCUACGAUGCAUUCGGUGGAUAUCGAGUCAAACAACUCGGCAAUCGCCACAUGGAUGGACCAACACUACGCAUCGCGGACUCGGCUAGUCGUAUCCUCCUGGGCAAUGAAACAGGAGGCAGUCCUUUGGCAGCUCGCGACAUCAAUCUUGGUAUCAAACACAAGACAAGUGCACCGAGUCUUCGUGAGGCUCCACAUGUGAAAGCAGAGGUUCGACGCUCAAGUGCCAUCUUUACACGCCCGUUGUCAUUCGCAAGAAGCCUCACAGAUCGGUCUCCAGCUCCGUUCAAGAACUUCGAAGAAGAUGAAGACUCUCACGGCCUGCUCGGGAACAACAAGACCGCCGCGGAAAGUGCACCUGCAGAAUUACCAGGUAGUGAUGUGGUGUGGGAAACCACGUCAGUCGUCGAAUCGAAGACAAGUCUGGCCAAUUGGGAAGCAUCACGUCGAGUAUCGUCUGAAUAUCGGAGCAGCCCUGCUUGCGCCAAAGGCGACUGGCCUGGCAAGGAUUUUGCUGACCUCAACAUUUGCCCCGACUCACCAACACGUCGUCAACGCAAAGGGAUAGACUGUUCUCAGACCGAUGGCGUAGCAGUCAAACGCACUGCAAGUCCGGCAUCUGUUCCUUCAAGGCCUUCAACAAUAGUUAGCCACGCUCCACCAAGCAAAGAAGUUGCACCUUGGCUGUUCCAAGAACCCAACGACGUGAGCGCCAAACAAGAAAAGCUCUCGGGCGUGGCUCUUGGCAACAACGUCGAUAGCUCCGGGCAUGUUGUGCAAGAAGCUGCACCAAGUAUGACCUUUCCACCUCGAAAUUCCUCGAGGAAACCCAAGCCACCACCAAUUGUGGUUUCACCCCCGGCUCCAACUCUAUCGGUCAACUUCUUCCCACAACAAGCUUCCAAGGCGUAUGGAAUUCGGCCGGAGACUAUUCAGAAACCCAACAAUGUGAAGACGUUUGCUCAAAGCGUCAGUCCCCAUACGGAUUCCUCCAAGGCUCAAAAGGUCUGGGGAAAACCUUCCUAUACGCCGUCGUCAAGCAGCAGGAAGGUAAUUUCCAAUAUCAGAGGGCUCUUUCAUAAGCGUUCGACAGAGUCAACUAUGCACACCAACAGUGCUGGCAGCCAAGGCUCUGUGCGUCGCAAACCAGUACCAGAGAACAAAUCGGCGAAUCCGUUGACAUCGGCCCAGUCAGGCACAGAGCGCGCUGAGCCCAAUCGCUUGUUUCAUAAUCCUAACAGAAGAGGUACACGCAAAGCAAUUCCGAAUCCUUUCAUCAGCCCUACGACUCCGUUCACCGCAACUGUCCCACCGGAUCCACAUCCUGAAGUCAAGUCAUCGCCUUUGCCUGUGCUGUCAGCUCAAUCUCCAACAACUCCGGUGACACCAUCUCUUUCGAAUGCGACAACCCUGACACACGCCCUGCUUGACCUCGCGCAUGUCGAGAUUGAUACUCAGCGUAAGAAGCAUCUCAUACAGCUUUCAAAAUGUAUGGUGGAAGUCGUCAGCGCUGCUAGAGAUGCCGAGAAGGCCAUGGAGAAAGCGAGGAUGGAGGCGGCGCGCGCGGAGGUCGGUUGGUUGAAGGUUCAGAAAGAAGUCGCUACGAUGGAAGGUCUCGUGAACAAGGUUCUUGAGCAGUACGGUCAUAAGUGAGGGAGCGGAUUCGGUGUCUGGGAUGUUUGCACGUCUGAGAUUGGUCAGACAUUUACUAUGUGAACAUGCAGCGAGUGAGCAGGUUUUGGCUUCUUGGAUGAAGACAUCGAAAAGUUAAUGAGCUCCUGGAUAUUGGAUUUGUGGGAUCAGAAGAUGUUGUGCGUAUGCCUACGGUCUAGGGCUGGUGCU